CAUUUCUAAUCGGUUAGUUUUCGAUUUUCUUCACUUUUUUCAGUCCCAAUGCUCUUUUUUUUCUUUACCCUUUGCGUGUGCUUUCGAUUUCUGUUCAUUCGCCGAAAUGCAGGUCUCUCCCUCUCUCUUUUUAAGUGUUGGAACUUGGAAUCGGUUUCGCUUCCGAAGAAUGAUCUGAUUUCAUUCUCUGUUUGAUCGUCCUCCAGAAUCGCUUAUUAUAAACUGAAGAUUGGAUGGGAAAUGUACGAACCCAGAACGAAUUGUAUGAGAUUGCUUCCACGGCACAUGAUGAUACUCUUCAAAUCUUCGGUAUCAUAUCACCAAUUGAUGAGAUUCUUACCCAUCUCUUGGCAUUGACUAGUUACAUAACUCGCGGAUUUGUCCAAUUUAUCGAGGAUCUCGUAGCCAGAGAUGUCAACAAAUUUCUUAUCGACUCUGUGGUCAUUCCAUUGGGACUUUGUUUGAGUUCUUCUGGUCAAAGUGGACAGAGGUCUGUUUCGGAAGGUUCGUCGUUGUCCAUACCCGACAUCCCCGGUGCCUCAGAUUCGAACAACGGUGUGUUUGUAGAUAGGAGAUCAGAUGUAGAGACCAUUUACAGUUACCAGGUUGCAUCUCCCAUUUUUCAAGGGUUGAUGCUCCCAAUAUACAGUUUACAGUUUAUCCAAGAAUUAGCAUUAUGUUCCUUGAGGCAUUGUUUCUCCUGCAUUCAAUGCAUCGAGUUCCGCCUCCACAAUAUUAUAUCUAGAAUAAUAAAAACCUUGCUCGGUUCAGCGAACGAUAUCGGAUGGCUGCAAAGUACUCCCGGCAUGCCUCCUGUGGUUGAUGGAACAGCAAGAUUCUUGGAAUUGCUCUCGGAAAUAAGGAACGGAGAGCACAAACUACCCAACUCAUUUGUUUAUUUAUUAGUCCCAGGUCUCUUUAGCAAUCAUGGUCCCUUGUAUUUUGUGGGCACCAAGAAAUUCUUUUCAAAGAUGGGUCUUACUUGCCAUAUUGCAAAAAUUCAUAGUGAGGUAUCAGUAGAACAUAAUGCCUGGGAGUUAAAAGAAUACGUCGAGGAGCUCUACUGGGGCUCGGGCAAGCGAGUGAUGCUGCUCGGGCAUAGCAAGGGCGGGGUUGAUGCUGCUGCUGCAUUAUCAAUCUACUGCAAUGAGUUGAAAGGCAAAGUUGCUGGCUUGGCUCUGGUACAAAGUCCUUACGGCGGAACCCCUUUGGCUUCAGAUAUCCUUCGCAACGGGCAGGUUGCUGACAAAGAGAUGAGGAGGAUCAUGGAGCUCGUAAUGUGCAAGAUUAUCAAGGGUGACAUUCGGGCAUUGGAGGAUCUGACGUAUGAGAAGCGAAAGGAGUUCGUUACGAGUCACAAGCUCCCAGAGAACAUACCAAUACUCUCCUUCCACUCGGAAGUACGAGUGGCACCGGGAGUUCUUGCUACAAUGACUCAAAUAGCUCACGCCGAGCUACCAUGGCUACCUCUUCCAAGAUCUUGGACAGAAUCCGAUACGGUGGUGGAGGGUGGGCGGCAUGUUCCAGUGGUGAUUCCCAUUUCUGCUGUCAUGGCAUUGUGUGCUCUGCAUUUGCAGCUUCGGUAUGGAGAGAAGAGCGAUGGUCUGGUGACAUGCCGGGAUGCUGAAGUUCCUGGCUCAGUCGUCGUGAGACCGAAACAGAAGCUCGAUCACGCGUGGAUGGUUUACUCUUCCCGGAGGAAGAAUUCAGGUGAUCCUGAUGCUUCUGAGAUGUGCGAGGCAAUUUUGACAUUGCUUGUGGAGCUUGGAUUGAGAGUGAAAGAAGGAAAACAAUAGGUGGUGGCUUUCUUGUAAUUCUAUCUAAAGAUAGAUCCAAAUUUGUCCAUUGCAAAAUCUAGUGAAAUUUUCUUUUGCAAAAGGAAGUUGAAUAUGAUCGUAUUGGAUUUCAUCAUAAAUCAAUCGUUGCUUGAUUUUAUGGUUGAACAUGUAGUUUUGUUGUUUAUUAAAAGAUGAUAACACUGGCGAUAGCUUCAAACUUACUUGUAAAUUUUC